AUGGACGAGGAGCCUCUGAAAAUGCGGAAAAUGGGAGUGGUAAGUUGUGCAAAACUUUGUGAUUACUGUUUAGAUGCGGUAUGUCAGCAUUAUCAUUGAUUAUUCCGGUGCAAUGCUAGCAACUCAACCGCUUUAUCCGUCUUUGGUCUCCGUGACCGUUCAAUUAUUGAAAGACUUUGUUCAGAAGUUCUUUCAAUUCAAUCCGAUCGCACAAAUUGGGAUUAUUUUAUGUACGGAUCGACGGCCGAAUCGACUCGUCGCGUUUACCAGUAAGUUUAUUUUUUCUUAUAUUUUUUCUGGACUUUAGGUGAUACUCGAACUUUGGUCGACACUUUGAGUGGAUUGGAUUAUGCGUCCUGCACUGGCGAGUUCUCAUUGCAGAGUUCAUUACAGAUGGCUGCCAACGAUCUUAGGUGAGGACUUUUUUGGUAAAAGUGAACAAUUAUGUUAUCCUUUCGAUCAAUUUUUUGACCAUUUUUUAUUCUUAGUGUCCAACCAGGCUAUGCAAGUCGAGAAAUAGUCGUGAUAUCCGGCAGUCUAUCCACGAUCGAUCCGGGGAACAUUUUUACGACUUUUGAAGUAAGUUUUAUCUUUGAUAAAAAAUUCUUUCAAUUUUUAGGAUCUAAAGCGUCAGUCGAUCCGAGCUUCCGUAAUUGGUCUCUGUGCAGAACUUUUUGUUUUUCGAAAGUUGACGACAAUUACCCAUGGCAGAUGUGAUACUGUACUGGACCAACCUCACUUUCAAAAAAUUCUGAAUGAUUACAUAAAGCCGGUGGUAUUGCCGAAGGGGUCCGAAAGCAACCUGAUCAGAGUUUGUUUUCCGAUUCGGGACGCUGUUUUUGAACCGCCAGUGUGCGUUUGGUAAGAGAAAUUUAAAUUUUAUGUUUUUUUGGAGUGGAUGUUUGAGGUUGAAAUGUUUAUAAAAGGUGUAAAAUUGAAGUUAAUUUUGAUGAUAAAGAUGAAUUUUGGGUCUUAAGAUAUGUUUUGCAUCUUGAGCGACGUAAUUUUAUCGACGUUUUUUGGAAAAUUUUUGAGAAAUCAAAAUUUUGGUCUAAAAUAAGGUAAAGUCAUCAAAAUACAAAAAAUUUUGUUAGAUUUCAAAACUUUUUUGAUUUCCUCUUUCCUGAAUUUCUUAUUCUUUUGUUGUCCUGCAAAAUUCCCAUUAAAUUUGCCUUAUUUUAGCCACCGCGAUGACUUUUCCCAACUGGAACAGGCCUACAUUUGCGCACAGUGCGGCGCUCAUUUCUGCAGCACCCCCGUGGAAUGUGGGAUAUGUGGAGUCCUCCUAAUCACCUCUCCUCAGUUGGCAAGGACUUUCCAACACCUAUUGCAACUCGAUGAGUUCAACGAGAUCGAUGAACCCGGCCAAUGUUAUGCAUGCCAUGUGAAUGCUGAAAAAAGGACGGUGUGUCCAAAAUGCGGGCAAAAGUUUUGCAAAGAUUGUGAUGAAUUGAUCCACAGGUCAUUGCAGAUAUGUCCAUCUUGUGCUUAGAGUGCUUGAAGUUGAAUUUGGAGAGUUUUUCAAAUCAAAAGGUUUUUGGUUGAGGACGCAAAAAUUUGGAAAAUUUUUACAUUUUUUGAGCGUUUUUGGUCAUCAUAACAGAGAGCAGACUUUAAUGAAUCUGUGAAGCGAUUUGCAGCGUUAUUGAAGCCUUUUAUUUUGAGAAAUUUUGAAUUAUUAUAUCGGAUGGUCAUGGAUAAUAUAAUUUUUUUCUCUGAUCUGCAUUUUUCUUAUACGGGUAUUCCUUUGUUGACUUGUUUACUGGUUAUAAAUUAUUUUUGUUGCUUUUUGAAUAUCGGAUAUAAAAUUUUGUAAUGUUUCAUCAUCAAGAUACCUAAAAUAAUGUUUUUUAAUUUUUAUCCUUUCUUUGUUUGAUUUUUAGAAUGAAAUACGCCCAACUAGUUGUUGGACCCGCAGGCAGUGGAAAGGUACGAAAUUUCAAAUAGUUAGGAUUUUCCGAUGAUGAAAAUUACCUAAAAAAUGUUUUAGUCCACCUACUGUCAUAUCAUCCAAGAACAUUGCCGAGCGGCCCAACGACCAGUAUUUAUCUGCAACUUGGAUCCAGCUGCUGAUUAUUUUAAGUAUCAACCGGAUGUGGGUGAGUUGAUGGGAGUUUUGGGAUAUUACUUUAGGUGGAGUUUGAUGAUUUAUGGGGCUUUUGGGUGAGAAAAAGUUAAAUUUGAACUUCCAUUAAUAUCAAUGAUUCUUUGUCUUAGUGUAUUUUUUUCUUUUGCUUUGAAGGAAUUUUAUAUUUUUGAUGACAAAUUUAUAUUGUAGUAGACAUUCUUGAUAAAAAAUUAAUAUUUUUUCUCCUAAAAAAUGCAAUUUGUGUCCUGAAAUUUGUUCCUAGCCCCUGUUAAGUAAUAACCUUUCCAGACGUCCGAGAUUUGAUCAGCGUGAAAGACGUGGAAGAAGACGAAGAACUAAUCCUUGGACCUAAUGGCGCCCUCGUUUUCUGCAUGGAAUACCUCCUCAAGGAAGUCGACGCUCUCCAAGAAAUGCUGCAAGCCGGAGAAGACGACUAUUUCCUGUUCGAUUGUCCCGGCCAAAUCGAAUUGUACAGCCAUUUGCCGGUCAUGAGACAGUUCGUCGAAAAACUGCAGCAAUGGGGCUUCAAUGUUUGCACGGUCUUUUUGCUGGACUCACAGUUCCUCCUGGACGCCGACAAGUUCAUCGCAGGAGCCCUCACGACCUUGUCGACCAUGGUGUCUUUGGAAACGCCGGCAGUUUCGAUCGUUUCCAAGAUGGAUUUGAUGCAAAAAGAGGACCGCCAAUGGAUCGAGGACGUAUUGGAGGGCAACGCUCAAACUCUGUUGGAUAGUGUAGGUUAAUGAGGGGGGAUUGCAGGGAAUGGGGAAUAAAUAACAUGAAAAAGACUGUGGAAUAGUAACUUUGGCGUUUUAGAUCAGUUUUGAAGGGUAGCGACAUUUUAUACGAUGAAAUUUGUUUUUUUUAUGAAAGUCGAGAUUUCGGGUUUUUAAUAUUAAAAAGAAGUGAAUUUUGUGUUUAUUGACCAAUUAGAGAAGUCCGCGGCGAUUUUAAACUGAUUUGGGGGUAUAUUUGCACAAUUUUUGCUAACAUUUUUCUCUUGAUGUCAUGUAUAAUAUAAUUUCCCCAUAUUUUCAGCAAGAACCCACAGAAUGGAAUAAAAAACAUCGACUGCUCAGUCAAAUGAUUGCAGACAUCUUAGACGAGUAUGGAUUAGUGAGAUUUGUAACUCUUGAUUGUGAAGACGAAGAAAAUAUCAGCCAAGUCCUGUUGACUAUCGAUACCUGCAUUCAAUACGGAGAAGAUGUUGAUGUCAGAGACCGAUUAGCCGAUGAAGUGGACGUGGAAUCACCGGAGGAUCAAGGAUUCGACGAAUGA